UGCUCUUAAAGGAGACGCAACCCAAACAGGCCUAGUCGCUGCCAAAGAAAUAUGAGGUUUGCUAUAGCUUUAAGAAGUAAUGCUUAAUGUUUGUAUACGGUAACUAUAUUUAUCAUACAACGUGACCUUUUUUUAUUAAUAAGCUAGGUAAUAAAAUGCUUGCGUAUUGACUAAAAAUGUACUCCUGACCGAGCUAACAAAACUUGGCCCCACUAACGUCAGGGCCUUCCACGUUAACGUUACGUUGCUCUUUCAUUUUCUAUGUAAAUAACUGACCGAAUAACAAAAGUCUGUAAGGGUUAUAACAGUUAAAAAAGAGCGGCAUGGACUCUGAAGAAGACAAGGUUUCAAGUAACGUUACUCGUCCAGAGAUUGAGACAACCGGAGACUCAACGGAGGCCGCCAGCCCAUCCCCGGACUUGACUGAAUCGUCCAGCGGUAGAAGAGGAAGUAAAAGGCGCAUGAAAACCGCAGUGACCUCCCCGGACUCCGGUGACUGUCGGUCUGGGACCGGGGGUCCUACCCGUGUUUUGCGAGUCAGGGGAGCUAAAGCUGGCAAGACUAGUGAGUCCAAGAAUGCCCCUUGCAUGAAAAAACAAACGAGCCUGCACCGUGGACGUGGGAGACCUGCGGGACGACGCACCAAAAACACACCUGCCAUGCAACCUAUAUUAAAUAAAUCGACGGCCAAAAAAGGGACUCUGACUUCCUUAGCAUCCAAACAUGCUCUUGGACCAAAGGUGUCCAAAUCUAGAAAGGGCAAAGGGAGACCUCUAACCCGGGCCUCUCGCACCACACCAGCAACAGCAUGGCAGCCUGAAGCAGAGAUUGAGUCUUCAUCAUGUGGAGCGGAAACAGAUGCUUUGAAAGAAAGCAAUGACAACGUUGCAGAUCCUGUCGAGGCUCUUGACAAGGACCCUCCAUUCAGAGAUGACCCAAAUGACCUUGUCUAUAAAUCCGAGACAAAGACACUUAGGGAAAAAUCAAGGCGGGGAACAAAGUUGCAACAAAAGGAGGUCAAGGAAGAGGAGUCAGAAAAGGAGGAAGAAGAAAGUGACAUUAAAAAGGAAGAGUCAACCAAGAUUGUCGUGCAGAGUGAAGAUGGAGUGGACAGUAACACAGAGCCACCCAGGAAGAGAGGUAGACAACAAAAAGAUGACAAAGCCCCUCGGCUGCCAAAACGGAGGAAAAAGCCCCCAGUGCAGUACGUCCGAUGUGAAAUGGAGGGCUGUGGUACUGUCUUGGCCCACCCACGCUACCUACAGCACCAUAUAAAAUACCAGCACAUGCUAAAAAAGAAGUAUGUGUGUGAUCACCCCUCAUGUGGGCGCUUGUUUCGUCUGCAGAAACAGCUGUUGCGGCAUGCUAAACACCAUACAGACCAAAGGGACUACAUCUGUGAGUAUUGUGCUCGAGCCUUCAAGAGCUCCCAUAACCUGGCUGUGCACAGGAUGAUCCACACGGGAGAGAAACCAAUACAGUGUGAGAUCUGCGGCUUCACCUGCCGUCAGAAGGCCUCCUUAAACUGGCACAUGAAGAAGCAUGAUGCAGAAGCCUCCUACCAGUUCUCUUGCUCCAUUUGCGACAAAAGGUUUGAGAAAAAGGACUCAGUUGUUGCCCACAAGGCCAAGAGCCACCCCGAGGUGCUCAUAGCUGAAGCCCUAGCAGCUAAUGGGGGCUCUGUAAUAAGCAGUCCCACCCCCAUCGCAGCGACGGUCCCGGCGCUCACCCAGCCUGACCAGCCCUCUGUCAACCAGGAGAGUGAGGAAGCGGCAAGUGGUACGCUCACUCCACUGCAGCAGGUGGUGCUCCCACUUGCUCCACAGACUCAAAUAGAUGUAUCUCAAGGCCAGUUCCUCCAGCUGCCCACGCAUCAUGUGGUGCAGGUGGCACAUCAGCAGCAAGCUCCAACGUUGCUGCACCUCACCACUGCUUCUCCUGCUCACCUUUCUAACACUAGCCACCCCCAGUUCAUCCACCUCUCCACCCUUCCUGCCAGCACUAUCACAUCCAUGUCCACUGCUGACACCCAGAGUACCCUCCUCACCCUGAGCUCUGUCACCACGCUGGCCUCCACAGCCUCUCUGGCUUCCCAGCAGGCCACGCAGUGGGGCAGGGAGGUCAAUGAGGAUGCACAGCUGCCGGGGGAGGGAGAGCUGUGGGACAGGGUGGUGGUGGGCGGUGGUCAUCAGGGUGUAGGGGAAAUGAUGUGGGAGGGUAACGGGGAGAGGAGGAAGGAAGAUGAGGGGAUUAUUUGGGAGAGGGAAGGAGAGAGACAGAUUCUGUUACAGUGUGCCGAGGUGCAUGGAGAUAGUUUAAUCUAGAUAGAAGGCCACAAAAUGAGCGGACCGGGCUCUUCAUACACAGUAAGCUAAAGCAGACACAGACUGUUUAAAUAUUUGAAAUAAUAGACUUUGUCGAUGGAGUGUAACACAAUAGUCAAAUACAGUACAUAGCUAUAGAGAGCUACUUUACAUCAGGGAGUAUGAUUUAUAAGAGAUUACAUACACUUCUUUUACCACUUAAUUAAUAUUUUACUGAACUGUGGUUUUGUCACCCAUGUGUUUGUAUAUAUGUGCGUAUGUCAAGACAUUUUAGGGAUUAAAAAGACUAUAAGGUGAUUGUACAUAUUGUACAAGAAAGUCAAAUGACAUUUAUGCCCCAAUAGUAUCCCUAUUGUUGUUUAAAUGUGUCUUUUUGCAACAUGAAUGGAGGAGUAUCAUUGACACACUCUUGUAGUUUCAGUUACUUUAAAAGUUACAGAAAAAAUGUACUGUGAGCAGCAACUACAACCAAAUGAGGUUCUUGGUGUAAAUCAUCUUUGUUUUUACGAUUCCAGUUUAAAAUGUAUUUAAAAUGUAUUGAAUUUUUAGUCUGGACCUAGUUGUUUUUUGCUAUCAGUAGAGGUUCUGACAAAAAGAAAUCAGACAAAAUCUAAAUUAAGUAGUGUUUGAAAUCCUUCGAGUAAGGCAAGAUAUUUCCUUUAUGGAUCCUUUCACUGCAGACUUUGACUUUGAUUUUGACUUGUCAUGUUAGGAUAGGCACAGGUGUUAGUUAUCAAUAACAUUAACGUGACAGUGAGCCAUCAUGCGCAUCAUACAAGGACCCUGAUUCCCUACUUAUGACAUGUCAAAAGGCCUUUGGUUUGUGUUCACCUUCUAGGAUCUGAAAAGUGUCACUUCUUUGCCGUAUUGUACCAUAUGACAAUUCUUGCUUUAAUAUUUUUUCACAGUUAAGACUAUGCGGGCAGUAGUAUUAUAAUGGAAAUCGUCAGCAGUUGUCUUUUGAAGCAAUCUUGGAUAAUAAAAUAUACCUCACUGCCACUACUACUGAGCACUCCUAAUCUUACAAUUUUAAUUUAUCAGAAAAUGUAUUCAGAAUAACUAUAAUAAACAGUUUGUGUUCUGAA